UUUAAACAUUUUUAUAAUAAACGACGUGAGCGGCCCUAAAAGAGCGGCAAAAGAAAACAAAUAUUUCCAUUAAAGAACGGGUUUGUUAUCAAAGAUGAAAGUGACGACUCCCGAGAUUUCUUGGCAUGAGCGGGACCCAAUUUACAGUGUUGACAUCCAGCCUGGUAGUCGCUCUGUUCGACGUUUGGUCUCUGGAGGCGUUGAUAAAUUUGUGAGGAUUUGGCAAAUCAAAGAAGAUAUAGAUGGAAAGGCAUGUGUAGAUUUCCUUGCCAACUUAAAAAGACACACAAAGGCAGUCAAUGUUUGCAGAUUUUCACCAGAUGGUGAAGUUCUGGCCACUGCUGGAGAUGAUAGCGUGAUUAUCUUCUGGAAGUUGAGCGAGACAGAGGCACCCUCGGUGAACAUAUUUCAGGAGGAUGAGGAAGACAAUAAGGAAAACUGGUGUAUGCUUAAAAUACUCAGGGGUCAUUUGGAGGAUAUCUACGAUGUUAGCUGGUCAGCGGAUGGCAAAUUCAUGAUCUCAGGCUCGGUGGACAAUAGUGCUAUACUCUGGGACCUUACUAAAGAUCAGAAAAUAUGCCUGAUUAAUGAACACAACAGUUUUGUACAGGGAGUAGCAUGGGACCCCAGAAAUGAGUUUGUGGCAACACUAAGUCCAGAUAGAUCCUGUAGAGUGUACAACAUUGCCACCAGAAAUUGUGUUCACAACAUCAAGAAAAUGAGCCUGCCUGCAAGCCAUACUGUUAAACCUUCGUCAGAAAAUGAUGAAGAAAACAAGGAAAGCAAACCCAAAACUUUCCGCAUGUUUCACGACGACACAAUGCGUUCGUUUUUCCGUCGCCUCACUUUCAGUCCGGACGGAGAGCUGCUGAUAAUACCAGCAGGCCUGGUAGAAACAGAUCCUGUCACAAAUGCCACGUUUGUGUUCACCAGGGCUUGUCUGAACAAACCAGCUCUAUACCUGCCCAGCCCUGACAAAGUGACCAUCGCAGUGCGCUGCUGUCCACAGAAGUUUCAACUCCGGAAAAUACCAAAAAAUCUGCACAUUGAACAAGAUCAAGAAAACAACAACAUGAAAGAAUGGGAAAAAUACUCCACACUGUUCUGUUUGCCUUACCGGAUGGUGUUUGCUGUUGCGACAGAGGAUUCCAUACAACUGUACGAUACCCAGCAGCCUCAGCCCUUCGGCUACGUCACCAACAUACACUACCACCAACUCUCAGACCUUGCAUGGUCAUCAAAUGGUUGUACGCUGGUAGCCUCUUCAACAGACGGCUACUGUACACUGGUCACUUUUUCCCCCGGUGAACUAGGUGAUCCGUUCAUAGAGGAGGGAAAACUGGAGGCAAAGAACAGCUGUGAUAACCAGAGCAUUGCCAUGGAUACAGAGACUACCAGUGACAGUUUAAAUCUUCACCUGGAGAACUCCACAGACAGCAAUAACUCAGGGGAGAAAACAGGGACCAAACACCCCUCCCCUCCCAAGCCUGCACCAGUGCCAAUGAUGAUGAAAGUCAAAUCGGCCGAUGGAAAACCCAGAAACAUUCAAAUAACUACUUUAAGCUCUGUGCCAUCUGCUAGCGGUGAUGCAGCUAGUGAACCACAAAUCAAAGUGAGGUCGGCUGAUGGUAAACCCAAGAACGUUCAAUUUACGACUCUGGCAACCUUCACAAGCCCGAAGAAUAAACAGCCAAUGUCUCCUUCAUCUGCCACCUCAAAGAUUUUAAAAGAAAAGACAAGAAAUAAUUCUGGUAGUGAGUGUGUUGUUAUUGAGGAUUCAAAUUCUCCUAUAAAAUUGUCUACGCUGGAAAGCACUCCCAAGUCUGCAUCUAUAUCAAACAAGACUGGUGUAACUCCGAAAUCAGGGGACACUCCAAAAUCAACACCCAAAAGAGUCCAGUUAACAACUAUAAAGCUGUUUGACUCUAGUCCAGUGGCUAAACCAUCAACUUCAGAACAAUCUUAAGUUGUUGUUUCUUGUUGGUGUUGUUUAUAUAUCAAACUGUUGUAUUUAAUAUUUUUAAAUUAUGAGUGCUAUUUUGUAUUCUGUACAACUCUGAAAGAAAAAAAAUUUAGAUCACUUUUCUAUGAACGGUUUUUUUUAUGGAAGACAGAUGUCUAGAAUCAGUGCAAUAUUUUAUACACAACUUAGAACUUUUGUGCUACCUCGAUCAUUCAGCAUAUUCUCCUGUUACGGGGUACGCUUAACUCUCCUUUCUGACGAGCUAAUUUGCUAUCUCUGUCCAGUCAGCAUAUUCUCUUGUUAUACCCCAACUUCACAACCCUUACUGAUGGUAUUGGUUUAUGUUGGGUCCAUAUCAUUGUCAUUUAGGUUGAGUUUUGAAAUAAAUAGUCUAUUAGUGCCUACCAUAAGAUGAUGACUCACGCCUGCUAAACUCUGGUCAAAGUUAAGGUCAUGGCGUGCGUCUGGACAGUUUUGCUAUAUAUAAGCCUUACUGAUGAUUGUGGCUUUUGUCUGGUUCAUAACUGCCGUGCAUGGUUUAAUUCCAACAAUUUGGCUCAAGUGACCAACAUAAUAAUACAACACUAAGUUCUUCAGAUUCAGGGUCGCUUGUAUUGCUGUGUGUGUUUAAGUAAGAUUUAACAUUGAUCUAAUGUCAAAUAAGAAAUAGUUUCAUUUGAAUUAUAUUUAAAUGUAGAUUAGGAUUUUUAUUCCAAUAUUUGCCGGAGUCGAGCAAUGAAAUCCUGUGUCAAGGUGGCAUGUGGGGGUAUUCAUUACUUCUGUGAAACCUUUAGCAUUGGUAAUGUGAAAUGUUUAGCCAGAGCAUUUUUGAAUCAAAUACAUAUCCUCUGAAUGUACUUGUAGGAUUCCGAAAUUGGACGAACAAAGUUUGACAGAAAAAUAAAUAAAGAUGAUUUCUUUUACUUUUUAUAGCACCAGUUUGGAUAUAUAAUGUAGGGAAAUGUUAUUAGAAAUCUGUAUUAUUUGGUGUUCAAGUAAAACAAUGAAGUUGGAUGAAAAUUGAAUAUUUGUUAUUGGUUAGUGCCAAAGUUGGAUGCCCAUUGAUGAUAAUUCGACUUCAUUUGAACAUCAAGCCAUCUGUAAUUGUUCACAAAUAAUGUGAGAUCUUGGACGGGAUAUGAGCAUUUAAAUAAUAGGUUUCAAUGGCUUCACUUAUAAGAUAAAUCUGUUAAAAUUAAUACCAUGCAGUUUGUAACACCUCAUUGCAUCAUUCCCCCAUCUUGUUAUCCAUUAAUAGUUGACAUAACCCCUUCAUGUAGUAGAAAGAACUUCUAAACAUAUUUCACAGGGCCCAAUGUGCAGUCUAGUUCCUGUUAUUAAAAACUAGUUUUUAAGGUUUCAAAGAUAAAGAUCCAUUUCCUUUUUUUAGUAUAAACUGAAAUAUGUUAGUCAUACAUUUGAGCAAAUUUGGUUAAAGAAUUUAAGGUUAUAAUGUUACAGAUCAAAACGAAAAAUGGCGAAAAUGGUUUGACGCAGAGAUCGUAGGCAAUGUUAUAGACAUUUUAUUCAUCAAUAUAGACUAAAUAACCACUUGGAUAUUUACAGAACACCAAACUUACUUCUGAUUUACGAUAAUUGGCUUAACAGGUUUACAAUAUAAUUGCAUGAUGUAGUGUUGUGUGAAAUCUCUCUGUGUAAAAAUGAACUUGUUAAAAUAACGCUGUUAAAUGUGAUGUGAAUAUUAAUGAAAUAUGUAACAACUUGAUUAUUUUGAAUAAAGAAUAUU